AGGAGUCGGUGAUUUCUCGGAUCCCGAAGAGCUCGGUCCUAUAGGACCGUCCCCCGCGUGCCGGUACCCCUCGGUUUCCCAGAAGUCGCUCAGCGUGACCCCCAACUCUGCAUUCUUUCCCAGCCCGGGCAUUCCUCCCCGGAAUCAGCCUCAAGGCCCCCAUUGCGGCCGUGGUCCCCACGAAUUCUCUAGUCAGACGGUCACCAUGAAGUUCAACCCGUUCGUGACUUCGGACCGCAGCAAGAACCGCAAACGCCACUUCAAUGCUCCGUCGCACGUGCGCAGGAAGAUCAUGUCGUCCCCGCUCUCCAAGGAGCUGCGACAGAAGUAUAAUGUCCGCUCCAUGCCCAUCCGCAAGGACGACGAGGUCCAGGUGGUUCGAGGACACUACAAAGGUCAACAAAUUGGCAAGGUAGUCCAGGUGUACAGAAAGAAGUAUGUCAUCUACAUCGAGAGGGUGCAGCGUGAGAAAGCUAAUGGUACAACUGUCCAUGUGGGCAUUCACCCAAGCAAGGUGGUUAUCACCAGGCUAAAACUGGACAAAGAUCGGAAAAAAAUUCUCGAACGCAAAGCCAAAUCUCGACAAGUUGGAAAAGAGAAAGGAAAAUACAAGGAAGAACUUAUUGAGAAAAUGCAGGAAUGAAUAGAACCUGUUGUACAACUACAGUUUAACCAUAGAAUUUUAGCCUAGUUUGUGUCCGUUGGGAACUUUUCAGGAUAUCUCUGGAACAUUUCAUUUCCCUCUUGUUGUGUUAUUGAUAAGUGGCUCUGUAAAUCUAUUCUGAUUAACAAUUUAAUUAAUAAAAAUUGGAAUAUUUCCUAAUUGUAAA